UUACACUUGGCACAAUUCAGCCAGGAAAGUACCAUUCUCCUGGUAAACGCCAAAUCCAUACACAUUCAUUGGAUCGCUAGACAGAGAAGCGUGAUUCAUCACACCAGAGAACACAUCUCCACUGCUGUAGAGUCUAGUGGUGGUGUACUUUACACCACUGCAUCCAAUGCUUUGCAUUGCACUUGGUGAUACAGUUGGUGACAUCUGCGUGAAAUCAUUAGUAGCAAGGACAUUUCAUGGGUGGACGUAUUGCACAGAUGGCAACCUAACAUGGUACCACUCUUGAAUUCACUGAGCUCCUGAGAGCGACCAAUUCUUUCACAAAUGUUUGUAGAAGGAGUCUGCAUGCCUAG